AUGUUUUAUUCGCAGUUAUUGCUAUCAAAGAAAGGUGCCUUAGGCAUCGUUUGGCUGGCCGCUCAUUGUCACCGGAGGCUCAAGAAAGACCAAGUCCAGCAGACUAACAUUUCUUCUUCUGUGGAUAAGAUUCUAUAUGAUGAAGUUCCUGUGGUCACUCAUAGAAUCUUAGCUUUCCUUCUCCUGGGCGUCGUGAGAAUAUACUCGAAGAAAGUUGGAUAUUUAUUUGACGAUUGCCAGGAAGUACUGAAUAAAUUAUGUGGCCAGAAGACUGUAAAAGACAAACGAGCCAGAAUUGGGCACUCACAUACGCGUUACUAUUCUAUCACUUUACCUAAGAGGUUUGAGCUUGAUACAUUUGAUCUAGACCUGGAAAAUCAAGACUUAAUGGGUGGAAAUGUGAGAUCACAUGAAAGGGAUACACGUGCAGAUGGACGAGGAAAAGCCUGUAGUAGUACAUCUGGUUUGGUCCUCAAGGAGAAAAUGCCAUUUUCUGAAGCUUACACACCACCCAGAGAUGUGCUCUUAUCCAACCAUAAUGAUAGUUCAACCUGUAACAUGAACAUUUCAUUCUCUAGCAUGGAGACACUGCGUGGCGCAAGAUUUUCUCUAGAAGAUCUUGUAGAACCUAUUACAUUGGAUGAGGCUGAAGAUUCGCAAUUGCAUGAUAAGCUCUCUAAUGAGGAUAUCACGACUAGUAUACCAAGUUUAGAGAGACUCAGGGAAACUAUGUUCACUUUAGAAGACCGUCUGGAUCCAAUGGUAAUGUCUGAACUUGAAACAGAGGAGAUAAGUCCAAGAUUUUAUGGACCAGUUCAAGAUUCGGGGUUCAGUACUGCUGCAAAUAUAUCUCCUCAAAGAACCGAUUCAAUAGCAAGUUUGGGAACACUUCACAAAGAUAGUUCUCCCGUCCAACAUUCCCCUCAUUUCAAAAUUUCUGAUGAAGCCGAAAAGCAACAAGACAAUAAUGAGAGUCGGUCGUAUUUUCGAGAGGGUGAACCACCUGGUGCCUUAGCGGGAUCGGUUGAUAAACCACAGCCUACGGGCUUGAAAAAGUUGAAAUCUUUGGAGGUGGUUACCCCAGAGAGCAUGACGUGCCAAAAACGAAAAGAAUUUCCAAUGUCUGUUGUAACUCCAGACCCAAAGCUUCCAGAAAUAGGUUCGAGUAAACCCGAGGUUGCAACUGUUCAGACUCCUGCUAGAAAGGAGUGUUCGAAAAUUCUGAAGAAGCGGAAGUCGAAGAUAUUGUUUGAUGAGACAACUGUGGUCUCUAAUAGAGAAUUCAGAAGCUGGAUAGAUGAUCCAACUGAUAUAAAACGACAGAAAAAAGACUCUCCUCACACUCUUUUACAUGCCUGGAGAGCUCGUAAACUUGCCUCUAUUACUCAAAGUUUCGUGGAGCCUUCAAUUCCUGUCAUCUCAGCAGAUCUUUGUGACGUUGAACGGAAGUGGAGCAAUUUUGCAGCCAUUAAAUUGGUGGAAUUAUCCAUGGACCAAGUUGAAUGCGUCAAAUCUCCGGUUGCCCGUGUGGAUUAUGAACAAGUUGGUGGUAAUGUAAUAAUAUCUCAAGAACAACCUCCGAUUGCUCCAGGUACACCUGUGACUCAUCUGAAGUCAGUGAGAUCGUCACAUGAGGCUGGGGCGGAUGCCGAUUCAGACAUCCUGGAACCCACCUCCUCGUCUGAAAGUGUUGAGAAAAUCCCAUAUCCAAGUCAAAUGCUAGAAGCAGAUUUUGAAUUCCAAGAGGACACAAGUUCAUUCCAAGGAGAUAACCAGGGAGAAGGCACAUAUUCUGCAAGAACAAGGGUGGUGGGAAGCUACCUUACUAAGAUAUUCCUGAGUAAAAGAAAACACGAAAAACAAGUGUUGCAUUUGUCACAGUUGUUGGCUGGAAAAACCAGAAAAGAGAGUGCGAGGCUGUUCUAUGAGAUGCUGGUAUUGAAAACGCGAGGCUGCAUAGAUGUGGAGCAGGAGAAACCAUACGGCGAUAUUCUUGUGCGGGAGACUUCUAAACUGAAGCAGGCGUCUCAAGCUUAA